GUCACUCCUAUUCUAAUAGGGCAAAACAUGUCUGUCUCACUUCCCGUCACUCCUAUUCCAACCACGCCAGGGGUAGAUCAUCAGGGGGUGGCUCGCUCCACAGCGAAUUUUCCUCCUAACAUUUGGGGUGAUCGUUUCCUCAUCUACACUCCUGAUGAUGCUAUAACCCAUGAAUGUAAAGAACAGCAAAUUGAAGAACUGAAAGAAGAAGUGAGAAAGGAGCUAAAAGCCAGUGCCAGUAAAUCUCCGGAACUGCUGAAGUUGAUAGAUUCCAUCCAACUCUUGGGAUUGGCACACCACUUUGAAAGGGAGAUCGAAGAAGCAUUAAAAGACAUGUAUGGAACAUAUAGUCUGGUUGAUGAUAACGACGACUUCACAAAUGCUUCGCUUCGGUUCCGACUACUAAGACAAGAAGGUUACCCCAUUCCAUCUGAUGUAUUUAAUAAGUUCAAAGACAAGGAAGGCAACUUCAAGGAAUAUUUGAUUGGUGACUCACUUGGCAUGCUAGCUUUAUAUGAAGCUACACAUUUGAUGGUGCAUGGAGAAGACAUACUAGAGGAAGCCCUGGCUUUCACCACUACUCAUCUUCAGUCCAUGGCAACUGAUCCAAAUAAUCCUCUUGCAAAACAAGUGAUUCGUGCACUAAAGCGGCCCAUUCGCAAGGGCUUGACAAGGGUGGAGGCAACGCAUUACAUUUCCAUCUACCAACAAGAUGGUUCACAUAAUAAAUCUUUACUCAAGCUUGCAAAGUUGGACUUCAACCUGUUGCAGUCACUCCAUAGGAAAGAGCUAAGUGAGAUCAGUAGGUGGUGGAAAGGUUUAGACGUUGCGACAAAGCUACCUUUUGCACGGGAUAGACUAGUGGAGAGCUACUUUUGGACAUUGGGAGUGUACUUUGAGCCCCAGUACUUCCCUGCUCGAAGGUUCUUAACGAAAAUGACCGCUAUGUUAACCAUUAUGGAUGAUAUAUAUGAUGCAUAUGGUACAAUCGAAGAACUUGAACUCCUUACAGAAGCAGUCGAAAGAUGGGAUGCCAGCUGCAUAGAUCAACUGCCUGCAGAUUAUAUGAAGUGGUUUUAUCGGGCACUCUUGGAUGUUUAUGAAGAAAUGGAAGAAGAGAUGGCCAAGGAAGGGAAAUUGUACCGUGUCCACUAUGCAAAAGAAGCGAUGAAAAGGCAAAUCCAAGCCUACUUUAUUGAAGCCAAAUGGUUGAACCAACGAUAUGUACCAACAUUCGAUGAGUACAUAAGUAAUACACUAGUAAGUUGUGGUUACACUUUGCUCAUUGCCACAUCUUUCGUUGGCAUGGGAGAUGUAGUGACAGAGGAGGCCUUCCAAUGGGUGCUCAGCCACGCCAAGAUGAUUAGAGCUUCAGAAACCAUCAGCAGGCUCAUGGAUGACUUAGUUUCCCACGAGUUCGAACAAACAAGAAUGCAUGCCCCCUCAAGCAUUGAGUGUUACAUGAAGCAAUAUGAGGUUACAAAGCAGGAGGCUUGUGAUGAGUUGAAUAAGCAAAUAGUCAGGGCAUGGAAGGAUAUCAACCAGGAGUGCCUCAGACCUACACAAGUGCCAAUGCCACUCGUCACACGUGUUCUAAAUUUUAGCCGUGUGAUAGAUAUCUUGUACAAGGAUGAAGAUGAGUACACCCACAAUGGAAAAUUGAUAAAAGAUCUCAUUACAUGGAUGCUCAUAGACCCUGUGCCAAUGUAAGUGGAGAGAUGGGUCUAGCUAUAUUAUGUUGUGUGCCGUAUGAGGAUAUGAUUAAUUAAUAAUGUGAGUGAUGUAUAACAUCACUUCCAUUCCUGUUUGUUAUCAAAAUCUCUAGUAUUGUAAGAAUAAUAAUCUAGCAUCAAGGGUGCUUAAUGUUGAUAUCACCAAGUUGGAGGGACGUAUAUAUUUUGUAUGUAAGCCCUUCCCAAUUGUUUGCAAUCAAGUCAUUUGAAGAAUUA